UCGCCGCCGCCGCCGCCGCGGUAGCUUGGGGUCGGUGAGAGGAGGAGCUGUCGCGGAGCCCUGGGGGUCCGUCUCGGUCGCUGUUUUUGUCUGAGGAGCCUUCCUUCCUCGGUCGUACCCUGACUCCCGUGGUGUCGAGGGGGAGUCCCUGCGGACAUCUCAGCACGCAGUGGAGAUGCCUCUCUUUGCCACCAAUCCCUUCGAUCAGGACGUCGAGAAAGCAACCAGUGAGAUGAAUACUGCUGAGGAUUGGGGCCUCAUUUUGGAUAUUUGUGAUAAAGUCGGUCAGUCUCGCACUGGACCUAAAGAUUGUCUUCGGUCUAUUAUGAGGAGGGUGAACCAUAAAGAUCCUCAUGUUGCUAUGCAGGCUCUGACUCUUCUAGGAGCGUGUGUAUCGAAUUGUGGCAAAAUUUUUCACUUAGAAGUAUGUUCAAGAGAUUUUGCUAGUGAAGUAAGCAACGUAUUAAACAAGGGUCAUCCUAAAGUGUGUGAAAAAUUAAAGGCUCUUAUGGUUGAAUGGACGGAUGAGUUUAAGAAUGAUCCACAACUUAGUCUAAUAUCAGCAAUGAUUAAGAACCUUAAGGAACAAGGUGUUACGUUUCCAGCUAUUGGCUCUCAGGCUGCAGAACAAGCAAAAGCAAGCCCAGCUCUGGUAGCCAAGGAUCCUGGUACUGUGGCUAACAAAAAAGAAGAAGAAGAUUUAGCGAAAGCCAUUGAGUUGUCGCUGAAGGAACAAAGGCAGCAGUCAACCACCCUUUCCAGUUUGUAUCCAAGCACAUCUAAUCUCUUAACUAACCACCAACACGAAGGCCGAAAAGUUCGUGCUAUAUACGACUUUGAAGCUGCUGAAGAUAACGAACUUACUUUUAAAGCUGGAGAAAUUAUUACAGUUCUUGAUGACAGUGACCCCAACUGGUGGAAGGGUGAAACUCAUCAAGGCAUGGGGUUAUUCCCCUCUAAUUUUGUGACUGCGGAUCUCACUGCUGAACCAGAAAUGAUUAAAACGGAGAAGAAGACGGUACAAUUUAGUGACGAUGUUCAGGUAGAAACGAUAGAACCAGAGCCGGAACAAGCCUACAUUGAUGAAGAUAAAAUGGACCAACUGCUACAGAUGUUGCAAAGUACGGAUCCCAGUGAUGAUCAACCAGAUCUUCCCGAGUUACUUCAUCUUGAAGCCAUGUGUCACCAGAUGGGGCCUCUCAUUGAUGAGAAGCUGGAAGAUAUUGACAGAAAACAUUCAGAACUCUCAGAGCUCAAUGUUAAAGUGAUGGAGGCCCUGUCCUUGUAUACCAAGUUAAUGAAUGAAGAUCCAAUGUAUUCCAUGUAUGCAAAAUUACAGAAUCAGCAGUAUUACAUUCAGUCAUCUGGUGUUUCUGGUUCUCAGGUGUACCCGGGCCCUCCUCAAAGCGGUGCCUACCUGGUCGCAGGGAGCGCGCAGCUGAGCCAGCCCCAGAGCUACAGCCUUCCCCCAGAGCAGCUGUCUUCUCUCAGCCAAGGAGCUGUGCUGUCUGCCAGCCCAGCCCUUCCUAGUCAGCAGGCUCAGGCUUCCUACCCCAACACGAUGGGCACUUCCGUUCAAGGAGGCACGUAUCCCAGCCAGGCUUCAGUGUAUAGUCCUCCUCCUGCCGCCCCCGACGUCACCAUAUACCAGAACGCAGGGAGCAGCCUAUCCCAGGUGCCGAACUAUACUUUAACAUCGGCGCUGCCCCAGCCGCCUCCGCCCCAGCAGCCGUACUCUCCGAAGGCCCUGCUGUAGGGCUGGGACUCCUCUUUGUGGCAGAUACCUGCUAAAUGCCCAUGACAAUGUUAUGAGAUUCUUUGAUAUCUUAAGAUUUGUUUAUCCUCAGCUUAUAGGAAUCGUAUCUUGGUCAGCAAGUUCCAAUAUUCAAGAAGGGAGACCUUUCUUCAAUUUGCACUGACUUUUUAGAGGUCCUCCCCUCCCCCUCCCCCAGAGGAAUGAAACUACUUACAACAUCUAAUUCCUUUCGUAAUAUGAAAGAAUCAGUGCAAGAUUUUUUGUCUCGUAAAAUUACCUGGUCUGCAGAAAGUCAAACUGGCAAGCGCCGUUGUGGCAGAUGUGUGCAUAGAUCGCUGUGUAACUUCACUCGUGGCCACUUUGAACCACGGUGGUGAUCAUGUGAAUAUAUUUAACACUGUUAACUUAAUUGACAUUGCUGUUUAAUUUUAAUCAUGAGCAACUACCAUGUUUCAUAAUGUUUUGUGUAAAUUUAAGAGAAUUACACUGUCCUUUUGAACUGCAAGAGAACAACGCUGUAGCAUAUGUACAUGAAGGCAUUAUGUUGUCCAUGUUUCAGUUUCCCAUUAAACUGAACCUUCCUUGGAGUAAUUGUGCGCUGAACACACGUAUGUUAUGUCGUUGUGUGGCCUCUGCAUACUACUAGCUGUCAUCACACCAGCGUACAGUAGCUAAAUUUUUGGUGCAUUUAUAGGAAAUGAUGAUGUUCCCUUUUAAACUUAUACAUUUUGGCAUGAUAUUUCAGAAUACUGUGGGACCAUGAGACAAAAUUAAGUUGGACCACAUUCUUUAUAUCUUACUUUUAAAGAAAUAAUGUUAAUUUACUUUUUCCUAGUUGAAGAUAGUAAUUAGGUUUCUAAGCUGUAUACUGUGUUUAUUGGUGGCAGUGACACCAAAGAUAGAGGCAAUGGAUAGAAGCUUUGAAACUGGAAAGAAAACAUGAAUUACACUACGUUUUCAAAGUCUCUUGUAAUUAUUUAGGCUGUAACAAAAUUUGAUUCAUCUGUCUUAUUCCACUGCUAGUCUUUUAAAUAUGUCUUUAACACAGUGUAUCCUUCAAUUCUUCAUUAAAAUGGAUGUAAGUGGAUGUUUCAAAGUCA